ACAGUGAUUACAUGUUUGUAGUUUGGGGCUCUUAGCAAAAUUUUCCAAACCCUCUCUGCUCUCUGGCACUCUUUUUUUUUUUUUUGCAUUAUCCAACAGCUUACUUUCCUUUACUUUUUUUUGGCCCAGUGUGACGUGUUAGUGGAGUUCCUGCCCUUGUUUUCAUGCAGCAUAGUAUAGAGGGAAGAAGAAGAGGGACUCUCGAAGAGGCGCACAUUUACUUGACCUGUCAAAGGGAAGAUGAAUUGAAGGUAUAAACAAGAGGGGUUGUUUGUGUUUUGGCCUGAGAGUGUAUGCUUUGUCCUCACAGGGGAGCCAGACAAGAGGGAGGAAGGACGUGGAGAAAGAGCUGAGAGAAAGUGAUUGACGUUGGGGAGAGAGAAGAGGAUAAGUUUCCUAAUUCUGUCGCCCAUAGGCAAGGGUGGAUGAGAAGUUACAGUUAAGGAGCCUGUCUGACACAGAAGGAGGAGCACCAGUCUGGGGGGGAACCACCAGUUCAGCCUUCUUCCAGCAACAAUAGGACAGGAUGAGGUACCAAGGCAGGGUGUCGCAAAUUUCUUGUUGACUAGGCAUGCAAAAACACACUAUCCCCAGAGUUGGAUAUCAAAGCAUGCACAGCUGCUGACACCCACAUAGAAAAGUUUAGUGGUAUCUACUGAACGCCUGUCCUAAACCUGACCCUAACAUUCCUUAGUUAGUGCAGCUGGUUUGACUGGGGCGUAGUGCAUUGAUUACACACUGAAUUGUGUGUCUGGAUAUUUAUCAUCAGAAGUGGAUGUAGAAGGAAGAGUGCGCCUGGUGAUGGAGAGUUCCCUGUCCGCCCGGGACAGGGUCGGGGUGCAGGACUUUGUCUUGCUGGAAAACUACAACAGUGAGGCAGCCUUCAUAGAGAACCUACGGAGACGCUUCAGAGAAAACCUCAUCUAUACGUAUAUUGGCUCAGUUUUGGUGUCGGUGAACCCUUACAAAGAGCUGGAGAUUUACUCCAAGCAGCAGAUGGAUCGCUACAGAGGCGUCAGUUUCUAUGAGAUAUCACCUCACAUCUACGCCUUGUCAGACAACACUUACCGAGCCAUGCGGACCGAGAGGAAGGACCAGUGUAUUCUCAUAUCGGGUGAGAGCGGAGCAGGUAAAACAGAGGCCUCCAAGAAGAUCCUCCUCUACUAUGCUGUCACCUGCCCCACUAAUGAUCACAUGGCUGCCCUUGGUGACCGCCUACUGCAGUCUAACCCUGUCCUGGAGGCAUUUGGCAACGCCAAAACACUUAGGAAUGACAACUCGAGCCGCUUUGGAAAAUACAUGGAUGUUCAGUUUGACUUCAGGGGGGCACCAGUGGGCGGUCACAUCCUGAACUACCUGCUGGAGAAAUCCCGUGUAGUGCACCAGAACCAUGGUGAGAGGAACUUCCACAUCUUCUAUCAGCUUCUGGAUGGGGGGGAUGACAACUUGCUUAACACACUCGACCUGGAAAGAAACCCUCAAAGCUACCAGUAUCUGGUCAAGGGCAACUGUCCCAGACUCAGCUCCGUCAGUGACAAGAAUAAUUGGAAAGUUGUGAUGAAGGCGCUGCCUGUUAUUGGCUUCACAGAGGAAGAAGUGCAGAAAUUGCUAAAUAUCAUCGGCAGUAUUCUCCAUCUGGGAAACACUCAGUUUGGGGAAGGGGAGGAAGGAGAAACUUAUAUCACCACUGAGACUCAGAUAAACAAUCUUUCGAAGCUGCUGGGUGUUGAUGGCUCAGCCCUCAGGGAGGCACUCACUCACAAGAAGCUCACUGCCAAAGGAGAGGAGAUGAUAAGCCCUUUAAGUUUUGAGCAGGCAGUGGCUGCCCGUGAUGCCUUAGCCAAGGCCGUGUAUGGUCGGACCUUCACUUGGUUGGUGGAGAAGAUCAACCAGUCGCUGGCUGUGAAGGAUGAAAUCUACCACAGCAGUAAGGCCUCCUCAGUUAUAGGACUUCUAGACAUCUAUGGCUUUGAGGUCCUACAGCACAAUAGUUUCGAGCAGUUCUGCAUCAACUACUGCAAUGAGAAGCUCCAGCAGCUGUUUAUUGAGCUCACCCUGAGAUCUGAGCAGGAGGAGUAUGAGACAGAGGGAAUUGCAUGGGAGACGGUGCAAUACUUUGACAACAAGAUCAUUUGUGACCUGAUAGAGGAAAAACACAAAGGCAUCAUCUCCAUUCUGGAUGAGGAGUGUCUGAGGCCUGGAGAGACCUGCGAUGUAUCCUUUUUAGAGAAACUGGAAGACACACUGGGCGACCAUCCCCAUUUUGUUACUCACAAGUUGGCAAAUGGAAAAACUCGCAGGGUGAUGAGCAGGGAAGAAUUCAGGCUGCUGCAUUAUGCUGGAGAGGUAAACUACAAUGUCAAUGGUUUCCUAGACAAGAAUAAUGAUUUGCUGAACAGGAACCUGAAGGAGGUCAUGUGCCAGUCAGACAACCAGAUCCUAAAGCACUGCUUCCGUAGAGAGGAAGUGAUGGACCAGAAACGCCCAGAGAUGGCUGCCACUCAGUUUAAAAACAGCCUGAUGAAGCUCAUGGAGAUCCUCAUGUCUAAAGAGCCGUCCUACGUGCGCUGUAUUAAACCUAAUGAUGCCAAGCAGCCAGGAAGGUUUGAUGAAGUUCUGGUCAGACACCAGGUGAAGUACCUGGGUCUGAUGGAAAACCUGAGGGUCAGGAGAGCUGGCUUUGCCUAUCGACGUCGCUUUGAAGCCUUCCUGCAGAGGUAUAAGCCUCUGUGUCCUGAGACCUGGCCCAAUUGGCAUGGCAGACUCGCAGAUGGUGUCUCGACAUUGGUCAACCACCUGGGCUACAAAGCAGAAGAGUACAAACUGGGCAGGUCAAAAAUCUUCAUCCGUUUCCCAAAAACUCUCUUCAACACUGAGGAUGCACUAGAAGCAAAAAAGCCAGAGAUAGCUUUGACCCUGCAGACAUCAUGGAGAGGCUACAGGGAGAGAGCCAAGUACCAACGCAUCAGACACGCAGUGAUAGUGAUCCAGUCUGGGUGGCGAGGGAUGAAAGCACGCAGGAGGGCUAAGAGGCGUCGCCAGGCUGCUGAGUUAAUACGCAGGUUCAUAAAAGGCUUCAUCUACCGUCAUGAGGAAUACUGCCCUGAGAAUGAGUAUUUCCUGGAUCAUGUACGCUACUCCUUCCUAAAGAAUCUACGGAAAAACCUGCCCAAGAGCGUUUUGGACAAAAGCUGGCCGACACCUCCUCCCUCCCUGGUUGAGGCCUCUGAGCACCUGUGGAGGCUGAACAUGAGAAACAUGGUCCUGAAGUACUGCAGGAGGGUCCAACCUGAAUGGAAGAAGCAGAUGAUGCAGAAGGUUGUAGCCAGUGAGGUCUUCAAGGACCAGAAAGACAGCUACCCUCAGAGUGUUGGAAGGCUGUUUUUGGACUCCAGGCUGGAAAAUGAACAAAUCAAUCUUAAAGUCGUCCAGACUCUUGGCAAUGACAAAGUGCAGUACGGUGUUUCAGUUGUGAAGUAUGACAGGAGGGGUUUCAAGCCUCGCCCUCGCCAGCUGCUUCUCACUAACAGCUUUGCUGUGCUGGUGGACAGGACCAAGAUCAAACAGAGGAUUGACUACACAGCUCUGAGAGGUAUCUCUGUGAGCUCUCUCAGCGAUGGGAUGUUUGUUCUGCACAUGCCCAGUGAGGACAAUAAGCAGAAGCUGUGUGUCCCUCAGGGCGACGUGGUGCUACAAUGCAGCCAUGUGAUUGAGCUGGUGACAAAACUAGCCAUUAUGGCGAGCAAGGUCAACUACGUCAACGUCAGCCCGGGCAGUAUUAGGUUUGCUGUGGCUCGAGGCAAGGAGGGAAUCAUUGAUUUCAUCAGGGGUUCAGAGCUGAAGGUAGCCAAAGGCAAGCGAGGACAUCUGCUAGUGACUGCCCCUCGGAUCAACGCCACAUGAAGAAACAGAAAACAGCAACCAGACAAACAGUAAUCCUUUUAGCUAACUGGAGGAUUGCCACUCAGAAGUUGUCAUCAUAUUAGUUAGUUUGUAGCCGACAGGAUGAUACCACAAGCACACACAACAUACUCAACAGAAGGAAGAUUGUUUAUUAAUUCAUAUACAUCACCAUUAUUACAAGAAUGUCGUUAUUGCUGCAAUAACUAUUGCUAAUGUUUUUUAACGAUUAGAAAAUCAUACCAUGAAGUCGUCACUGUUUCAAAUGCUUCAUUUCUUUAUUGACAGUCAUACAAAUUGUACACAAAUAUAUUUAAAUACAUAAAAUAUAAAAUGUCUUGUCAUGUGAAACACUUUUUCUCUAUAUUGUAAGAAAAAUAAAACAAACCACUUUGAAAUAAA